AUUUAGGUUUCACUCGGGAUUGGAGGGUCGAAGAGAAGGAAGGUUGGUCAGUCACGCGCGUGUCGGCUCGUCAAAGUAGUUGCCAAGCGCAGAGUGUCUGGGGUUAUGUAGAGUGCGAGCAGGCGCGACCACCUUGAUUUCCUAGCAUCAUCUUCACAACCUUGCCAUACAUCAUGAAAGCCCGCGCAACCUUCGCCACCUCACUCAUCGCAGCUUGCUUCAUUACCGCGACUUCUGCAAAGGCGACCUCGCUGCACAUCGCGGAUACACAGGCAAGCCUCAAUCUUCCAAUUCCACACGACGUCAUGUCAGGCAGCGAUGUGACCAUUUCCGACGUACUCGGCAGGGAACGCAGUAUAAACAUCUUUGCUGGCUUUACUCGUGAUAUCGAAUCUGUUUUCAAGCGUCUUGAAGCCGGAUCCCAUAACACCACUUUGCUUGCGCCGCUCAACUCGGCAAUCACGAGACUCCCCAGGAAACCAUGGGAGGACCCACAAGAAUAUGCUGCCUUGGGCCAGAACGCAUACGACGGCCGAGAUGGCGAGGAUAGGGCGCACAGAAACCUCAGGCGUUUUGUGGAAGCCCAUGUCGUCCCAGAGUCACCUUGGGCUGAGGGUCAGAAAGUUCAAACCCUCGGUGGAGACACGGUCUGGUGGGAAGAGAAAGACGGAAAGAAAGUGAUCCAACCUGGAGGCAUCGAAGUCUCGAGCGUUCCCAACAAGGUCGUCAAUGGGGAAGUUUGGAUUUUGGAAGGUGCUCGAAACUAUGCGUAG